CUCGGAGACGCCAGGAGACACCUGCUCUCAUUGCUUAUCAACGUUGCCUUGCUCGGGUCCCCCCUCUACCUCGAGCAGCCUCAAUCUCCCCCUUCUCUCCCCAACUCAAGGUAGACUUUAUUAGCCAUCUUGAUUGAAGCAGACUAGAAAAGAAUCUCCCUCAAAAAACUUAGCAAUCAUCAUGUCUUACAAUCAAGGCUAUCAAUCCGCCCCUCCUCCAGACUACCAGCAAAACUACGGGCCACCAGCUGGCAAUACUGGGGGGCCGCCCCCAACCCAGGGAUACCAAUCUGGACCUGGAGGUCAACCAAACUACCAAGCCGGACCUCCUAACGGAGUGAGUGGUUGCAGCGCACCCCCGCCUGCGAGUGGCGAACCACCACUUCCGAAUGGCUGGAGAAAAGAGUGGAAUGCUCAAUAUAACGCCUGGUAUUAUGUUAACACCUUAGUCCAGCCACCACAGUCUCAAUGGACCCCUCCGACUCCGGCCCCACCACCACCGGUUUCUCAAUACGCGCCGCCUCCUGGCCCCCCUCCUUCCGGGGCACCUGUUGCAGCUACAUCUCCUCCCACUAACCAAAAGGCCACAGACAAGGAUGGUCCGAAUGUUCCCUCUGGACCCCCCGGACCCCCAACGAACAGCUAUGGUCCAGCUGCAGCUCCUCCCUCAACUGGAAACUGGGGCGCCCCGCCCAACAAUUAUGGUCAAUCUCAAGGGACCCCUCAACCGGGUGGGAAUACUGCGUUCGGUGGACAGAAUCCCGCAGAAAGGAAUGGGCCUAAUGGCUUUUCCGCGCCGCCUAACCAAUCUGCCCCUCCAUCCAACUGGGGUCCAGGCACGAACAACUACGGACCGCCUUCAGGGCCCCCUCAAUCAAAUAACUAUGGCCCUCCUCCCACCAAUUACGGCCCGCCUCCAGGCGUCCCUCAACCGACUAACUACGGCCCUCCCCCCAACAAUUAUCCGACACCUCCAAAUGGUUAUGGUGCCCCUCCACCGGGCGCCGCUCCACCUGCUGGAAAUUAUGGUUAUCCAGGAGAGGGAAAUGCCCCUGGUGGUGGGUAUGCCCCUGCGCCUCAACGAGGCCCAUCGGCAAAUCCUAUGCAACCGGUUGGCAAUGCACCACCGCCAGCUGAUGCAAAAAAGAAAGGUAUGCUCGGAGCUGGUCUUGGAGUCUUAGGGGGCUUAGCAUUGGGAGCUUUCGCCAACCACGAAUGGCACCAACAUGAGCGUCAUGAGGAAGAAAGACAAGAAGAGGCCUACGAAGCCGGAAUUCACGAUGCCCUCCGGUUUUGAAAGCCAUCUGCUCUAUCACUAAGCAGCAGUGUGCAGAGAUAUUAUGGCCACUCAGUUUUUACUCGCGGAAGACAAGACUACAGGUACUGAAGCAUCCUUCUGGGAUCAUUGAACAUUUCAUGUACCAGAUCAUUUUGUACUACAUUCUUGCACGGUGCCUCAAUCAUUUUCACAUCUUUCACAUCAAUUUGUAACCGUUUCUUUUCUCCUCCUCGGCAAAAACUUGUUAUAGAGUCGAAUCGACUUCUCUAGACCGCGGAAUUACGAAUGGGCUGACUAUCUGCUCGUCAGCUACAGGGUCCGCCCUCGCUCAAUUCAGAAAUCAGUUCUUUGUCAUCUCAUUUUGUUUCCGUAUUUAUUUCAAUGAAUUGGUUAGCAACACGACUUGAUCUUCAGUUUGAAUCCAUCAAUAUGUAGACAUUCUGGAGGAAAGAUGAACAUAAUGUCCGAA